AUGCCUGAGGCCAAGGACAAGUCAAAGGUGCACAAGCUUUCCAUCAAAGGAUCGGCGAAGCUUGUGUCUGAAUUCUUUGAGUAUUCGAUCAAUUCAAUCCUCUUCCAACGAGGAGUCUAUCCCCCAGAGGAUUUUACUACUAUCAAGAAAUAUGGCCUCAACAUGCUCGUUUCCGCCGACGACCAGGUCAAAGCCUACAUCAAGAAGAUCAUGUCACAGUUGAAGGAAUGGAUGCAAGGUGGAAAGAUCUCAAAGCUUGUAGUGGUAAUUACAAGCAAGGAGACUGGUGAACAUGUGGAGCGAUGGCAGUUCGAUGUUGAAAUAUUUGGCAAGAAGUCCAAGAGCAAGAGCUCCCAAAAAGCCGGAGAGAACGAGAACAGCACACCAGGAGACGCGGGAACCCCACCUGCUGAGCCUGUCGAAAAGACAGAGAAGCAAAUCCAGGAAGAAAUCCAGGCUAUCUUCCGCCAGAUUACCGCAUCGGUCACCUUCCUUCCUGUCCUGGACGGAGACUGCACUUUCAAUGUCCUUGUCUAUGCCGACGCCGAUUCAGACGUCCCCGUGGAAUGGGGCGACAGUGACGCGAAGGAGAUUAAGAAUGCCGAGAAGGUGCAAUUGAGAAGCUUCAGCACAAACAACCACCGAGUCGGAACUCUGGUCAGCUACCGGCUGGCAGAUUGA